AGCAGAUCUGUCAAGUUUUGUCAACGCAUCAGCAAAAUAAAAAGUGGUUUCUCCUGUUACGACGCCAACAGGGAAAUUAUUUUAGAUUAGAGAGAAAAUCAAGUGCAUUAAUUCGGUAUUUCCUUGGUCCAGAUAUUCAUUCCCCCUUUCGUGACACGCUGGACCGCAAAUGGCGCACUGUAAGCCCAUUCUUACGUAUUCCGGUGACGUUAGGUUGUUCAAGUCACUCGAACCGCACAUCGAAUCGGCACUUCCGUUGGAUACGGCCGAGUGGAAGCGCUCGUACGGACGACCGGUAAAGAAUGUCCGCGUCGAAGCCACCUUUCAGCCGUUCGAUGCUUCCGCGCUGGAACGGUAUCGCGAUGGAGCCUGGAGCAUUGUGCAACAUCCGGUGCUGCAUAUGUACGUGACGGAGUGCAACGAUGUCGAGGCGUACCGGGCAUCGGUCAAGGAGGAGAUCGACCAGUGGUUGAAAACGUUGAAUAACUAUAACGUUACGGACUGGAUGAUAUUGCUGGUGGAGACGCUGGACAUUAAAAAGUCGAAGAAUAUUCUCCCCCGGACGACGGUGCUGGAUAAGAUCCGGUUGGAUUUUGCGUCGAAAAAUGGUGAUCGCUGUCUAUCGGUGCUGAACCCGACCAAGUUUGAAAUGAAGGCAACGGAAUCGUUCCGGUGUUUGCUCCAGCGGAUUCGACAUUUGAUGCUGACGGGUUAUAAUAAGAAUAUCGUUAAAUACGAAGAGCUGAUUCGCUCCAAUCGGGAGAAUAGGAUUCAGGAAAAUUGGAACUUCGUGGACUAUUUUCUACUUCAAGAGGAACUGGCCUUUGUGUUGGAAAUGUUGGGUCAGUACUCUGAAGCGCUGGUGCAGUACGACGAGUUGGAUGCUCUAUUUUCACAGUUUAUUCUGAAUUCGGUGUAUGGAGAGAAACAAAAGUGGCUUCAGAUAUUCGAUCAACCGCUGUACGCUUUCCAUGGAAUUUCCCUGAAUCCCAUAAAGAUGGAAGAGACCCGUAAGAAAAUCAUAAGUCAAUCGGUAAACCUCUUGGAGUUCAGGAGUUAUCUCUUCGAACGGCAGUGUCUUUUGCUGGACGCCAACGGGAAACCAUGGGAAAUUGCCGAACGACUGUUGCCGUUCUUGUUUUCAACCCUACGAGAAAUCGAAGCUCUGAAACUCGAAACCCCAGAGGGGGCGUUGGCUUGCUGGGAAUUCGUUUGUGCCCUUGAAGUGCUGAACCUUUGCGAUAAAGUUCAAGAAUCGAAAGACAUCCAUAAAUGUUCACAGUAUUCGGCCCCUAUCUGGAAUCUGGCUAAGGAUAAGCUCUACAGCCUCGGAAAGCACUGCGGUUUGCUUCCUGGCUUCCAUCCAACAUCGGAACAAUUGCACGCGGUUGUCCAUUUAUCGGCGGGGAUGGGAGACAGCAUCCCGGAAAGCUCGGGUGCCCAACUGGAAGUUGAAGCGAAAGACAAAAAAGCACAUUCUCCGGCACGCAAACCGAAAAAAUCCGCGACCGAUAGUCUGAAGGAAGCGCUGGGAUCCAAUCAGGCGUUCACCAAAUUAUAUCUGGAACUUAGUGAACUUGCCAUCAGUACUUAUAAGCACGUAUCCCGGCUACGAUCAGCCCGACUGGUAGGCCUCGAUCUAGGAAAUUUCUACAUUUCGCUAAACGAACCCCAGAAAGCCGUAGUAUUCUUCACCGAUCUUCUGCGCGAAUUGAAAACGGAAAAUUGGCACCAUCUGGCUAGCCAGACGUUGCUGGAGUUGGCAUCGUGCUACCGAAAGAUGGACGAUUGCGUCAGCUACACGAAAACGUGCAGCGCCAUUGCGUGUAGUCUGGAUUUGGAGAUGAUGGUGCGGACGUUUUACUUCGACGAGUUUGCGAAAUCGUUGAAAACGCUCAAGGAGUUGCGCAAUGUUGAUAUCGAUGCGCUGAACGUCAUGACCACGCUGGAGGAUCAUUUCAAGAUCUUGGACAUCAGUAUUCAGCAAACCUCCAUCAUCCAGGACGACGCAGUCUCAGUUACGUUAAAAAUUGAAAGUAAUUUCCCUCGGGAGAUAUUUUGCCAACAAGUGCUGCUUUCCUUCGAAAUGAGUCCCAAACAGCCAGCCGAUGGACCCACGGCUUCAAGUGCAACGUCGUUAAUGGAACCGUCCGCCCUGCUGCCCAUCUCCAUCCACUUGGACUACAAACAGGAUCGUACGCUUAGUUGCGCUUCGGUUGCCUGUGACAACAAAGCCAAGCAACCGGUCAGGCGGACCAGCAGCACACGACGAAAGAUUUCUCCAACCCAACGGUCGGAUUUUACCAACUGUGUAAGCAGCGAGAAGAUCCUACUGCAGCCGGGGCUGAACGUGAUCGAGCUGCACUCCAAAGCCAAAAGAGUUGGUAGUUGGUCGUUCAAUCAACUGGCUGUUCAACUGGAUAAUGUGGAAUUUUUAUCCGAAAGUCUGCCACAAGGAUUGCCCAGUUUUGAAAUCAUCACCAAAGCUUCGUCAGCCGUUUUGAACUUCAUGAAUUUGGUUGCCGGAGUGGAACAACCGGUAAAGCUGAUCGUAUCCGGCGGUAGUUUCCGUUUUCCCAAGGACGCCAACAUCGUGCUUAAAUGUUCCAAGAACCUUAAAAUGAAAAUCGCCAGUUUGGAUGGGGGCGUUACUAAAGCUUCUUUCGAACGAGAGCUGGUGGUCAAUCUCCAGAACUUCGAAUCGUUUGAAGAACGGACAAUCAAUUUAGAAGCCCUAUGCGAUCUACCAGGUAGACGUGAGGAGAAACCAAUCGAACAGAAAGUAACCCUCCAGGUUCCUUGGAGUCGAAAUGAAAUCCAAAUUCCUUUGCACUUUUUGCCGGCUAUGAUUGCCUCCUGCCGCUUGCACUCUUCCGGCGCAAGGAAGUUCUUGCAAGUAAUCCUGAAAGGUGUCAGCGAUCACAAACUAAUUCUCAAAGACGCGUCCAUGUCCUGUGCUGCCGAGGGAGUGACCAUCAUCGACAUCAAUCCCAAAUCGCAAAACGAAAUCACCAUGAGCAAAACGGUGUCCAUUUCGUACCUGUACGAAAUCCAAGUGGAAGCACUCAAAGCCGAAAGCGAGCUUCCGGUUAUUCACGUGGACUAUCGGAUGAAGUUUGCCGAUGCUAGCCUUCCGGAGGACAUCCGGUACUACAUUCCUUACUCGGUCACGUUCGAUGUGAUGGAUUACACGACUUUGUUCACAAUCUGCGCCAAAAUCGAGCCGUCCGAGCUGUGUCGGGUGAAUUCGGUUUGCCAUUUGAAUCUCAGAAUCUCCAAGGUGCAUGCGAACCCAUUUUCCGAUCUGAUGUACGAAGUGCUCGCCGAUCAGAACAUGUGGGUUGUCGUGGGAAGAACGGCAGGAGUCAUAUCGAUGGAGGAUGUCGACAGCCACAGUAUCACGUUGGACGUUUUGCCGCUGACGGCCGGGUUCUUGCCGUUGCCCAACAUACGGCUAUCGAAGUACAUUUCGGCAAACAAAUCCUCCAAAACGGAUGCCCAUCCGCGAUUGCAACCCUUUCCUCCGGGGCAGAUUUACAACUCGACUAAGAGCAUGCAGAUCCACGUACUAGCUAGUAGCAAUGUAGAAGCUUAAAAUAAGCUGUCUGUUAUUAUGAGUAUACUUGUUCUAUUACUUACUUAUUUAUAAACACAAAUUGGACACAUUUUCGUAUUACAAAAUAUAUAAGCUGCUUAUUAUUCGA